AUGCAAACUGCGGACUCGAAGAACUCGCGUUUACCGUCAGUAUCGAAAUUGUCCGGAUUUAACGCCGAUCACACAGGCUUCUCCCACGGCGCAUUCGCUUCCAACAACCCCUCAGUACAGCAAAGCUUUGGGAACCGUGAUUCUCGACGAGCCAACAUUCCCGCCAUAAACACCGGAUCCGCGAUUCAGAACGGCAACGACCUAGGAUCCGGCUUCGACAUGAAUGUCACUCCGCUUCUUCCUUCCCAGCUCCUGCUUGGAAGUCCCUUCCAGCCUGGUACCCCGUCCGCUUUCGCAUCACCUCAAUUCGCCAAUUUCGGCGGUUUCUCCCAGGCAAAUUCCGCUCAUAACCAGAACGGUCAAAACCAACUAGGCAGCCCAACUCAGGCACAGCCAAAUGCUUUGUCCCCCCAGCUAUAUCCUGGACUGGUCUCUGCAGAUGGAUUCGCUGGUUUAGGCGGACCACAGUCACCAAUUGGCGGGUUCCCUGGUUUGACCAAUGCUACUUUCGGUGCAUCUAACGCCCACCUGGGACCCGGUAUGCUUUCAGGCACCAGCCGCACUGUGUACCUUGGCAAUAUCCCGGCGGAGACGUCGGCAGAAGAAAUUCUGAACCACGUUCGCAGCGGCCAAAUCGAGUCCGUUCGUUUGCUACCAGACAAGAACUGCGCCUUUAUCUCUUUCCUUGACAGCAGCUCUGCUACGCAUUUCCAUUCUGAUGCCAUCCUGAAGAAGCUGGCAAUCAAGGGCAACGACAUCAAAAUCGGCUGGGGCAAGCCCUCCCAGGUCCCAACUUCGGUCGCUGUAGCUGUACAGCAGUCAGGUGCCUCUCGAAAUGUUUAUAUGGGCAGUCUCCCUGAGGAUAUCACCGAGGAGGAGUUACGGGAAGAUCUGGGCAAAUUCGGUCCGAUUGACACUGUGAAGCUUGUCAAGGAGAAAGCCAUUGGUUUCGUGCACUUCUUAUCCAUCAGUAACGCCAUCAAAGCCGUCGCUCAGCUCCCUCAAGAGUCCAAGUGGCAAGCUCCCCGACGAGUCUUUUACGGCAAGGAUCGCUGUGCCUAUGUAUCAAAGACCCAGCAACAGAAUGCUGCUCAAUACCUUGGCAUUGCGCCUGGUUAUGCCCAUGUUCUCAACAGCGCAGACCGCGAUCUAAUUUCCAACGCGCUUGCCCAACAAUCAGUUGCUGCAGCCGCCGUCGCGACCACCGCUGGUGGUGUUAAUAACCUUGGAAACCGGACCAUCUAUCUCGGUAAUAUUCAUCCUGAAACCACCAUCGAGGAGAUCUGCAAUGUAGUCCGUGGCGGCCUCUUGCAUCAUAUUCGUUAUAUUCCCGACAAGCAUAUAUGCUUCGUCACAUUCAUUGACCCAACCUCCGCGGCAUCAUUUUAUGCCCUCAGCAACCUUCAGGGCUUGAUGAUCCACAACCGGCGGCUAAAAAUUGGCUGGGGUAAGCACUCUGGUGCUCUCCCGCCUGCCAUUGCUCUUGCAGUCAGUGGAGGAGCUUCGCGCAAUGUGUAUAUUGGGAAUCUAGACGAGACCUGGACUGAAGAACGCCUCCGUCAAGACUUUUCUGAAUAUGGGGAGAUUGAGCUCGUCAAUACUCUGAGAGAAAAGAGCUGUGCAUUUGUUAACUUCACGAACAUCGCCAAUGCCAUCAAAGCCAUCGAAGGAAUGCGUGGCCGCGAAGAAUACAAGCGCUUCAAGAUCAACUUUGGUAAAGAUCGAUGCGGCAAUCCUCCUCGUCAGGCAAGCAAUAGCAAUCAGCAACAGCAAAACCGCAAUGGCUUGGAAGAACAGUCACCAUCUCCGUUGAACGGCUUCAAGCAGAGUAGCAGCCAGGGCUCCCAGCCAAGCCCAACACGACCCGCGUUGUCUCCCGCCCCCGGAUCAUCGGGCUCACAGGGUGGACAGCAGAACCGCCCCCCCUUGCAAAAUCUGUCGUCGCCUUCAUCGAUUCUGAACUCCGGGAAUAGCAACCCUCUCACAAUGUACCUGAACCAGGUGUCUACUCAGCAGGGCCAGGAUCAAGAAAAUCGCCUGGCGGAUCCCAUUACUUUGGCGACUUUGCAGCAACAGCAGCAACAGGCUCUCGCCAAUCAGCAGGCAACACUGUACAACGGAGCAGGCUCUAAUGAAAUGUCCAACGGAGGUAUCGAGAAUACCCUUCACCAACGAAAGGCUUCAAACGGUUUCCUCAAUAUUGCCAAUGGCCACGCUGGUCCCACUCACAGUUCCGCAAAUAGUCUCAGUGUUCCUCGAAUCCAGCACUCGCGCGCUGUCAGCCUACCGUCCUUCUCCCAAGAGCCAUUCGGACCAAACGGCAACCAGGCGUCUCAUGGCCGCGCUGGACUGUCUCAUCAGCCCCAGGGGAGCUUUUCCAGCUUCGGUUCAGCUCUGGGUGGUCUAAAUCACAGUGGCUUUGGUCUAGCUAUUCAGAACGAGUCCUCUCUUCCAGGCUGGGCUGAGGAGGAGAUAGGGGCAAAAUGA